AUUUAGAUAGUUUUUCCUUUUUUUUUAUUAUUGCUAAUCGAUUAUGAGUAGUAAUAAAAAAAAUCGAUUUACACCAAUAUGGAUUACAUGUUUUUGUAUUGAUUCCCGUUCUGCUUUAUUUGAUGAAGCUGAUAGGAAACUAGCUCGUUCAAUACAAAAAGGUAAUCUUCCAGCAAUUGAACGUGUAUUAAAACGAAUAAAACAACCAUUAAAUAAUUUAACAUUAACAGUUAAACGACGUCAUUUAAAUACAUCAUAUCAAUGUUUAAUUAAUCAUCAAUCAAAUGAAACAAUACCAUUUAUUAAUUUUUAUCAAGAAUGUUCACCAGUUUUAUGGGCUAUAGAUUGUUUACAAUGGAAUGUUUUACCAUUAUUAUCAAAAUUUGGUUUAGAUAUGAAUCGUCCACAAAUAUGUCGUCGUUGGACAUAUAUAUAUACAUCAAAUAAAAAAUCAAAUACAUCACCAUAUCGUAAAUUUUGGACACAUGGUCAUUAUACAUAUCAAUCAGCAUUAGAUUAUUUUUUUGCUAGUAUUUAUGAAUUAAUUGGUGAAUAUAAAUUAAAUUAUCAUGAUUUAAAUGAACCAAAUCCAUUAAUAUUUUAUUUAUCUCAUUUAUCAACUAUUUUAUCAAAAGGUGUUGAUGUACAUCGUAUUGAUUCUGUUAUUAUAUUUAAUUCAUUAGCAAUUAGUUUUAAUCAAUAUUUAUAUCAAUAUACCAAUAAUCAUUCAUUUAUAUCCGAUAUAUCAGAAAAUGAUGAUAAUAAUAAUAAUAAUAAUAAUAAAUCAUUUAUUGAAUUAAUUAUAUUAAAAAAAUUAAUUGAAAAUGGUUUUUCACAAUUUGAAUUUAUGGAUUAUUUAUAUUCAUAUUGUAAUUGGUUUAAUAUAUUAUUAUGUAUAAUAUGUCAUUCUAAAAUAUAUUUAUAUAAUAAUAACAAUAAUAAUAGUAUUAAUAAUAAUAACAUUAUUAAUAAUAAUAGUAAUAAUAAUAACAAUAAUAAUAGUAUUAAUAAUAAUAAUAUUAUUAAUAAUAGUAAUAAUAAUAAUUUAUCAAUAAUAAUUAAACAAUCAUCAUUAUUAUUAAUUAAUUUACUUAUAUUAAAAUGUUCAUUACCAAAUUUUAAUGAUUUUAAUGAAUCAAUAGAAAAUUUACAUUUACAUAAAAUUUAUACAAAAUGUUAUAAUAAUAAUAAUAAUAAUAAUGAAAAUAAUAAUGAAUUUAAUAAAAAUUUAAUUAAAUUAUAUAAUUUAUGUAAAAAUUUUAUUUAUCAACCAUUUAGUUUAAAAAUUUUAUGUAGAAAUAAAAUAAGAAAACAAAUUGGUGGAAUAAAUUUUUAUAAAAAAACAAAAAAAAUUAAUUUACCAAUAAAAUUAAUAAAAUUUAUACAAUAUAUUAAUUAUGAAGAUUUAUUAUGCAAUAAUAAUAAUAAUAAUAAUAAUAAUAUACCAAUGGAAUUUAUUCAAUUAGCACAAAGUGAAUGGAUAGAUAGAAUGAAUUCAACAAUAUAUAAUAAUAAUAAUAAUAAUAAUGAAGAAUAUAUGAAUCCAUUAAAUCGAUCUAAUUAUGUGGAUCAAAUUAAUCAUAAUCAUUCCACAAUAUGUUGUAAUAAUAAUAAUAAUAAUAAUAAUAAUAAUAAUAAUGAAGAAUAUAUGAAUCCAUUAAAUCGAUCUAAUUAUGUGGAUCAAAUUAAUCAUAAUCAUUCCACAAUAUGUUGUAAUAAUAAUAAUAAUAAUAAUAAUAAUGAAGAAUAUAUGAAUCCAUUAAAUCGAUCUAAUUAUCGAGAUCCAAUCAUUCAUAAUCAUUCCACAAUAUGUUGUAAUAAUAAUAAUAAUAAUAAUAAUAAUGAAGAAUAUAUGAAUCCAUUAAAUCGAUCUAAUUAUCGAGAUCCAAUCAUUCAUAAUCAUUCCACAAUAUGUUGUAAUAAUAAUAAUAAUAAUAAUAAUAAUGAAGAAUAUAUGAAUCCAUUAAAUCGAUCUAAUUAUGUGGAUCAAAUUAAUCAUAAUCAUUCCACAAUAUGUUGUAAUAAUAAUAAUAAUAAUAAUAAUAAUAAUAAUAAUGAAGAAUAUAUGAAUCCAUUAAAUCGAUCUAAUUAUCGAGAUCCAAUCAUUCAUAAUCAUUCCACAAUAUGUUGUAAUAAUAAUAAUAAUAAUAAUAAUAAUGAAGAAUAUAUGAAUCCAUUAAAUCGAUCUAAUUAUCGAGAUCCAAUCAUUCAUAAUCAUUCCACAAUAUGUUGUAAUAAUAAUAAUAAUAAUAAUAAUAAUGAAGAAUAUAUGAAUCCAUUAAAUCGAUCUAAUUAUCGAGAUCCAAUCAUUCAUAAUCAUUGUAUUGAACAAGAAUUAAUAAUGAAUAAUAAUAAUAAUAAUAAUAAUAAUAAUAAUAAUAAUAAUAAUGUUUUAAAACGUGGUCGAGCAUCCGAACGUCAACAUCAUAUUUAUUCACACAGAAUGAAUAAUGAUCAAAAUAAUAAACAAUCAAUACGAUCUACAUCUGCUUCAUUACCAAGAACAAUUAUUAUAUGA